UUUAAAGCCAGCGGAUCGGCCACUUUCAUUAAACGGGUGUUCAUUGGGUGGCUUGUGCUGGCACUUGCCUUUUCGCGAUAUGACCUCGCCAUUCAUUGACGAUACAAUAGAACUCACCUCCCAGCUGAACGACUGGUCCUUGCAUGUGGCACAGUCGCAAGAAAGUGCUGAACUUGAAGUACAACGAUGGAAAGGGUACCAGGACGACUAUAAUGCCCUGGAAAAGCAACUUCAGACAUUACCAGACGAAACUUCCCGCACGGCCAUGAUCCCCAUUGGCAAACUCGCGUUUAUGCCCGGUAAACUUAUUCACACCAAUGAAAUCACGGUCUUGUUGGGCGAUCAAUAUUAUGUGGAACGAUCCGCCAAACAAGCGCUGGGCAUUCUGCAGCGAAGAAAAGAAGUGGUGGAUGAAAAUCUGCGACUGGUAGAAAGCAAGUUGAAUGCGAUCAAAGCCAAAUCUAAUAUUCAUUUGCCUGGUGUGUUAUCAAGCACGGAACCAGAGUUGAAUGAGGAAGGUUUGCCUAUCAUGGAAAUUCGAGAACAAUUGCCCGAACCGAUUGUGGAAAAAGCACCCAGCAAGGAGACUGUUACUUCGACCGAUUCCAUUCCGAAAUCUGUAAGACGAGCACGCGAAAUGAUGGCCAUCAGCAGCAAGGCUAGCGGAAACGACGACGAUAAUAAAGCACUGUUUGACAUGUUGCAACAACUGGAAGAGGAGGAGGAAGAGGAGAAAGAAACACAGCAACACGAAAGUUCCAAGGACAAACGGUCUCCGUGGCUGGUCCAGCAUGAAGUAGGCGAAAAAGAACUCGAGCACGACCAUGAUGAGGACGACGAGCAAGUGGAUUGGGACGAUAAUUUAUUCGAUACGGAGCUGGCGAGCAAUAUGUUUGAUCAUAUCCAAGAUGAUGAAGAGUAUGCUAUUCAAGGCACCGUCGAUCAGGAAGAUCUGACGGUCCAUGAUCAUGCAGGUCUCUUGCACGCGGAUGCUGAACCUGGUGACGGCGCUUUCAUCACUGAAUUGGACGACGAAGCAGACACAAGCGAACCAGUUCUCCAAUCAUCGGUUAAGGAAUUGAGUCUUGAAACCGUUGAAACCCACCCACCUGAUACCAAGGCAAAAGAGAAGACAAAGGAGGGAGUUUCUGAGGCGGCGAAACCAGUGUCCAAAUUCAAACAAGCGAGACAGCAGCAGGCACAGAGAGAACAGGAGGAACAAGAAGUAGUCAACGAACCAGAUAACGGUAUACCCACUGUAGCUGCCACUCGCAAACCUAGAAUGCCAAUGUCAAGGUUCAAGCUGGCGAGACAGCAAGAACGCAAACAGCGGACCAUGCCGGAAGUGACCCCUCCGAAAGAUGAAGUGGCGAAAUCACAUACACCCGCGACGGCUAUUCCUCCUCCUGUAAGCGCAACAAAAGAUGAGGAAUCAAUGGCAGAGCAAGCGAAGCCGGAUGAGCGGGUUAUUCCUCAGGUCAAGGCGAGUGCGAAAAAGACGUCCAAGUUCAAACAAGCGCGCGAACAGCAAAAAAAGGCGACGACCCAGUUAAAGCGCAAAGUCAGUUUUGGUGCCAUGGCGACGGUUCAUGAACAUGAUACCACAGCUGCUCCGACGGCCACGGAAGGCGAUCGACCCGCAUAUUCCAAACCGAUUAAAGAAGACGUCUCUGUUGAAGCCGCCGCCAACCCAUUUCAACAUAAAAUCCAAUCUCCAGCCGACAUUUUCCGCGUGGCCAUGCUGCAUCAAAAUAUGCAACCGGACGGAUACCCUUCGCUGGAUGACACCGUCACAGACCCCACCGAAGUGGAUUUGCAAGAAUUGGCUAAAAGUGUGCGUAGCCAAUCUCAAGAACUGUGGCGACCCUCCGGUCCCGAGGCCGAGGUUAGAUUACCCACCGUUCCCAACAUUCUAGCACGAGCAGCUUCGGAAGAGGAGGAGAUCAGUGGAAAGGAGCAAGCCGUCGUGCCAUCCAAUACUCAGAAAGGAAAAGGACGUAUGGACACCAAAACCAUGAAAGGCAUGGUCAUGGAGCGCGAAACGGAACCUAUCAAUCUUGAGGAAGUUGAAGAUGAUAUGGAUAUUCGAGAAAUAUCAUCGAAUUAUCAUCUACGCCGGCAGCAAAUGAUGGCGGCCAUGGGAAGCUUUACUUUUGAGCCAAAGCCUGAAUUUGAAGUGUUUGAUGAAGAAUUACCACUUCCUUCAGCAUCGAAAAAGCCCGAAGUGACCGAGGCUCCGCCGAAGAAGAUGUCCCGAUUCAAAGCGGCGCGGUUGGGAUUGCAAAACAAAUCAGAAGAGGAACAAUAGUGAACA